GCUUCAUCAACUGUGGGCGGAAAAUAGCAUCGUUAAAUGUUGGUUGUCACGGCAACGUUGUGUGUGAGUGGAGCGCAUGUCAAAUGAGUGCUAAGGUAAUUCAUGGUACUUGAGCUGUUUACAAGCUCCAGACUUUAGCAAACUAGUCAGUCGGCUUAUGUGGGAUAACAAUGUAACGUUAGGUUGACCUGUCUUCACUGGAAUACAACGGUAAGAUAAUAAAACAGUUAGCUAAUGGUGCUAGUUAGUUAGCUAGAUAGUUAACAGUGAGUUUGUGCGGAAACAAUUCGUCGCCUGCUUGCUAGCAGAUGAGGCUAGAAUGGUUCGUUAGCUGAAUGAACCAAAGCAAUGUCAAGUCAUAACCUUCCACCGGUGCGGCAUUUGCCACAAUGGACUCGGGUUGGGCGCCUCGGAAAGCCCUGCUCCCCUCGGCGUUUACCGGCGAACCAUCUGCAGCCGCUGCCUGUCGCCCCGUCAGCGGACACAGGAGUGUGGAGAGCAGCAGAGGCGUCCUUUCACAGCGACAUGGACCCCCGCGUCGCAUCACUGCAGAGGAAUAUCCAGUUCCUUCAGCAACAACACAAGGAAACUCUUGAGAAACUCCAUGCAGAGAUAGAGUCUCUCAGGCGGGAUAAUAAAGAGUUGCAGUAUAAGCUGAUAAUGGAACCUCCCAAGUCAAGUAGAAAAGGAAUGACACACAGUCGACGAGGCAUCAGACCACCCACUCAGGGAAGUGAAGCCCGUACAGGACUCUACCUGGAGGAGCCGCUACAGGACAUGCGGCCCGCACAAGACCAAGCAAUAAGCAGUGAAGAGGACGGCGACUUUCUGGGAUCUGCCAGACAGGACCAUGGCCCAGAGGGGAAGGGGGGCCUCAUCACCUCAUUACAGCCUCUACGAAUUCACAGCAAUCCCGCCCAUCCACCACGUGCCCCCACACUACAGGAGUGUGAGGUCAUCAUCCGGCAGCUCUACAAUGCUAACAGUUUACAGUCUCAAGAAAUUAUACGUGUUAAGGCAUUGCUGAGAGAUAUUGUUUUGAGCAAGAAAAUCACCCCAGAAAACUACAUUCUGACCAAGGCCUACUUGGUUGAUGGCACCCGCAAAUCUUCAGAAGAAAAGAAAUUUCCAAAACUUGGUCUUCAAACAUUUCCAGAAAGAAUGUCUGGACCCUCUCAGUCUGGAGUGGUCCUCCCAGCCCUCAAACAGAGCCUCAGCUCCACCAUUGCAGAGAGACAGAGGAGGACCCGUGCUGUGCAGAGAGACCGUUUCAAAAGGACGGUGCAUUGACAGAAUCAAAACUACCACACGGCUUUUCACAAUUUUUCUGAAAAACCUUAUUCACAAAAACUGUGUGUACAGGUAUGGAUAUCCAUAUAAACUAUUGAUGUCCUAUGAUUUGAUUUUUGAUCUUUUUUUUAUUGAAAAAAAAAAAAGAUCCAUAGACUUAAAAGCUUUUAAUUGUGCACAUGUCUCAAAUCUAGCUUCAUACUGGGAAUGGUAAAUGUAUUUAUUUAUUUUUUACCAAACAAUGCAUUUUAGGACAUUUGAAGUUCAACAUCUCUAACUUAAAGUGAUGGUUCGGAGUAAUUCACCCUAGGGUCCUUUGCACCAUG